CUUGCCGCCUGCCAACUUUUUGCCAAGACGAGAGAUCCUCCACACUUGAAAUCCGAGCUUUCCUGUCAAAGUCCAGGCGCCUUCCCACACAUCGCUAUUCGCACAACAGAGCUGAAGGUUGUCGCCUCUACUAUCCGUAUCCGUGGUCGGCAUUUCCGAGCGACUAUCCUCACCACUGUCGACGUACCGACCAUUCAUUCUGCCCGACUCUCUAGUCCCUUUCUUUAAGUUGAAGGCGACGGUACCCGACAACCAAGCUCCAGACUCGAAGAGCCAGGGCCGCGCAUGCUUGCCGAGAGGCAAGCAGUCGUACCGAAGGUCGACGACACCCCAAGACAACGGCGCGUUACUAGCCUGCGGCCAAACGCAAACCGUCAAAAUGGCGACGAAUUCACAUGAAACAAACGACCGGUGCGCAUGCGAAGCUGCCAAGAACUUCGUCGACUGGUACUACCGCCAAGUCAACGAAGGCAAGUCCAUAGCCCAGGGAUACGUGAACGGCAAUGCAACCUACACGGCGGCAGGCCACCCGCCGGCUGACAUCACCAUCAACGGGCUGCUGGUGGCGACGCCGCAGGAGUGGGAGAAGCUGCUGGAGCAGCAGCGGUACUGCCCCAAGCAGACGGACCCCAACAAAAAGAUGGUGCGGUACGACGUCGAGGGCUACAACUGCCACGUCAUCAACGGCGAUUAUCGCUUCGCCGCGCCCCAGAAGAUGCUUGAUCUGCACUCGCCUACCGACGGCGUGCGCAUCAUGUUCCUCGUGAGAGUCCACGGGACGGUCUACUUCGGCACCGGCAGGAAUACGGGGGACGAGUACUUCACGAAGCAGGAUUUCUACGAUCUGUUUAUCUUGGUGCCGAAUUGGGACAUUCUCGCAAGGCCGGGUGCGAAAGCUGGGAGGAGGUAUCUUGUUAUUUCUCAGAUUUACCGAGCGAACUAGGAAGGGAAGGUAGCGAGCUAUUGUUGGUCAUGGCUGGCUGGUGACUCGGUGCCAGUGAGCAACCCUUUCACUGUCUGGCACGCAUCUGAGCAAAAGGGAGGACGUGGAAGGCGUUAGUCCGGAGGAGCAAAAUAGGCGCAUUUUCGUAUUUUCUGGGCGGGUUCUUUUGGCAGUAUAGGCGUCGAGAUAAACGAGGUCAUGCCAUUGGGGGGCACAAAGACUGGGAAGAAGAAGAAGCGGAUUUGCAUUCACCUGGGUAGCAGGGUCUGAAGAAAGAGCCCUAGCAUCACUACAUACGGCCUUGACUACAGGGUGGUAAAGUACCUAGUAUUUAUAUGUUUGAUUGCA